CCGGACAGUUGGAUUUACAGUCCGCCCUAUUCCACUUCUCUUUCUUUCCCAGCACAAUGGAGUCAGUGCCCGCUUUCACACUGAAAUCCUGGACGCCUAAAGCCCGAAUCUUUGCUGUCUUCACUUGCAUGCUGCUUUCCCUGGCCGCGCUAUGCGUCCUGCAGUUCAAACUGUUCAAACCCAGAAACAAAAACUUCUAUUCUUUCCAGGUCCUGAAUUCCAAAGGGAAGCUCGUCUCCCUGGAAAAAUACAGAGGCAAAGCUUCUCUAGUUGUAAACGUGGCGAGUAACUGCGAGCACACAGAGAAGAAUUACCGGGCCCUGCAAGAGCUGCAGAGGGAGCUCGGGCCCAUGCACUUCAACGUGCUGGCAUUCCCCUGCAACCAGUUCGGAAAAUCAGAGCCCGCCAGCAACUCCUAUAUCGACAGCUUCUCCAAAACCAGUUUCGGAGUCACUUUCCCCAUUUUUGGCAAGAUCAAAGUGUUGGGGAACGAGAGUGAGCCCGCAUUUCGCUAUCUCAUAGAUACUACAAAGAUGGAACCUCGAUGGAACUUUUGGAAAUACCUGGUUAACCCAAGGGGUCAGGUGACAAAAGUCUGGCGAACUGAAGAUCCCAUGGCAGCCAUCAAACAAGAAGUGUCAGAAUUAGUGGCAAAUAUCAUAUUGAAAAAAAGAGACGAAUUUUGAAAAAGAACAGCUGUGUCUGGCAGCUACCUCUUGCUAUGAAUUUCAAAAAGAGUCAUCAGACUUAAAGCUCACAGACCCUGUUGCUGUUUAACUUGGCAGUGAACUUCACUGAAAUCCGAAAUAUCCAAAUGCAUUAAGGUAUUGUGGGAUCAUAUUGGAUAUUUAAAUUUAAAAUUAUUUAGUCAGGUGAUCAGCUUUUCAUACAGUUCCAAAUAUUUAUACGUUCUUUAGUUACAAUGGGAAUAAGUCAUCAUUUUACAGUGAGCUAAAAACCCAUUGAAGUUCACAUGACCUGCUUUGCUAAAUAUAUGUAUGUCUCAUAAUACCUUUGAAAGAUAACAUUCCAGCAUUGCAGGUCAUUGUGAACUGCUGUGGUAAUCCUAAAGUCAAUUUAAAUUGUUUAUAGAUGUAAAAUAAGAUAACCACUAAGAAUGAACAGAUUACCUUUUCCAAUUGCAAUUGAUGUUCAAUACACUUACAAUAGCAUAAAUCAGCUGUGGUUUCAAAUGAACACCUUUCAGGUCUCACAUAUGUAAAUGCAUUGUAUGCCUUUUGUUUAAAGGGACACUGGAGUGUUACAUACAUUGGCUCAGAUCCUGCAACAGACAGAUUAAUGUCACCAACUCUAGAUUAUAAAUCACCAUAUUGGCUACUGGAAAUCAUUGCAGUGAAGCAGAUGUGCUCCCUGCUCCAGAGGACACAGUUUAUUUGGCAUGAUUACCUACAUUUCUGGGAAAAAAAGGUUAAUUGCAAACAUUGGUUGAUAAUAUGGCCAUCAAUGCAUCAGUAAAUGCAUCAUUAUUUGCAAAGCAGCAUGGAAGUCAUCUAUUUUUUGGAUGACAAUUCCCCUUAAAUACCUAGAUACACCAGUUAAGUAAUAGUUGUUCACAGUUUUUGCACGUGUUACCAUCACACCUGAUCACUGGGUUUAUGUUCCAUACCUCUGCACUGUUACUGGUACAGUGCUAGUUUAAUAUCAUCUUUGUACACAUUCCUGUGUGUGGUCCAAUAAUUUUUAUUACCAGUUCCAAGACCGACAGUUUGUGUACCUAAACUUCAACUUCAGAUCUGUUCCCUUCAGCACUUAAAUAAAUAGAUACAGGUUAGGGAUAUUCCAAUUCUGUAAAGUAAACCUUUGUAAUGCACUCCUUAUAUUAUGACACUAUCUCAAAGAGAGCACUUUUUUCACUGCAAUUCUUGUAUUGUCCUUUUUCCUAUGUGAUGCUAAUGCUCAAUAAGUCAUUAGCUGUGUUGUAUAUUUGAUAAAAUAGCAACUAGGCAAGUGUGAAAAAAUUAACGCACAUUCCUAGUGUUCUGAUGAUUUUCAUUAACUGCUGACAUUGCUCACACUUGUGAUUUAUGAGUUAAGGACCUCAUGUUUGUAACAAUUCAAUUUGGAUGGGUGAUUUAUCAGUAUCAAAGAAACAAAAUUAUUCCUAGAAUGUGCUUCAUAUCACAUGGUCUGAGGAGACUUUCUCAUGAUUGCAAUUGAACUGUGAUACAAGUCGGGGUCAGUUAGCUCAGUUGGCUAAAAGGCUAGCAUGAGGAUCCAAUUAAUGCCAACAGCACAGGGUUUUAUCCCCAUUCUGGCUGAGAUAGACUCAGGGCCAACCUCCUCACUCUAGCCAUGGUUAAAAAAUCAUAGCACUCGGCCUUGUUUCAGCAAAUAAUUGCCAAGGUCCUGCCUUUGGGCAGAGAUCGCAAGAAGAAUGAACAACUGCAGCAUCCCCAGGCUCUCAAUGUAGCUAAUGAAGCACCUUCAGCUUGCUGGGCAGUCACUAUUUGGGAGGAUUGAGGAAAGGCCAACACACUACUUGUGUCUAUCUUGGGAUGACAAGAGGUUUAGGAACCACCCCCACCUACUACCGCCCCACCACCAUCACCAUCCCUCUCCCCUCCCUCCCAGGAACUCCAUGUCUAUUUUAUUCCUUUUCUCUUUCACUGUUACUCUUCAAAUAUCUCUUACAUGUUACUUUCUUACUCUUUAAUACUCUAUCUGUUGCUCUUCUCUUAGUAUGGUCCUUUCUUCUAAGCUACACUCUCCCUGGUACUUUGCUGCAUCUAUUAAUUUCUAUCUCUGUGUUUCACUCUUCAAUACUCUCCUCUGGAACCAAACAAUGAAAGAUUGCAAGCAGAAGGUUAGUCAGGCUGCCACUGAAAAGAGAGCUGCAAAUAGAAUAAGUACAGGGUGGUUGGAGCCAGCAUUGGUGGACAUUGAGCUUGAAGUCAUCUUCAGUUAUGUGCUGGCCAUUGAUCUGCUACAAAUGCACGUGUAUUGUUAGCAUUGACCCUGGAAUACAGAGAAUGAGGAUGGGUAUAGUGUAGCUUGCUUAACUGAGAAGGAUGUGUUCAGGGUUGGGACUGUUAACCUUGAUGGGAGCAAAAGACCUCAGGAUGGUGGAAUGAGUAAGUUGGUCUAUAAGGGUAUGACUUUUCUUUGAAUUUCAGGUAAAUUACUGUGGUUAAGUUAUGAACUUGUUGCCAUAUUGAAUUUUGAGAGAUUAAUUAAUAUGAUUUUAAAAUAUGAGAGAUUUAGUUCUGGUGAUACCUGUAAAUGUAUUCUGUAUUCAGAAGCUUUCACUGCUUCUGUUCAAAAACAACAAAUAUGAUUGACAUUUCAGUACUCCAAAUAUUAACUGUGAUGAUAUAAAAAAUAGAAGAAGAACUCUGAAAGGUGACACAUUUCCAGUUUAUUAAAUAAAAGGUCAACUAUUUGAUCUGAAGAAAAAUCUCUCUGUGGCAGCCCUGUUGUGCAGGAUUCUGUUUAGAGGAAUGGUAUUUUAAUGUGUAUCACAAUGUGACUCCUAUCCUUGAGCUUUGUAUAAAAUAUCUGCAAAAAUCAAUAAACAUACUCUAUUUUGAA